AUGGCUGCCACUAUACCUAUGGCUGAGAUAGAGCACCCAAGGAAAAGCCCCUAUCCUCCCACCCCCACAGUGAGAUCCAAACGUUAUCGGGAAAGUACAUGGCUUACUGAAUGGCAGAAGUCACUGAAGUGCCACACCACUGAUGGAUGCACUGAUUGGUCUGUCGAUAUCAAGAAAUAUCAAGUUUUGGUGGGAGAGCCUGUCAGAAUCAAAUGUGCCCUCUUUUAUGGUUAUAUCAGAGCAAAUUACUCCCUAGCCCAAAGCGCUGGACUCAGUUUGAUGUGGUACAAAAGCUCUGGACCUGGAGACUUUGAAGAGCCAAUAGCCUUUGACGGAAGUAGAAUGAGUAAGGAAGAAGACUCCAUUUGGUUCCGGCCAACAUUACUACAAGACAGUGGUCUUUACGCCUGUGUCAUCAGAAACUCCACUUACUGUAUGAAAGUAUCCAUCUCACUGACAGUGGGCGAAAAUGACACUGGACUCUGCUACAAUUCCAAGAUGAAGUACUUUGAUAAAGCUGAACUUAGCAAAAGCAAGGAAAUUUCGUGCCGUGACAUAGAAGAUUUUUUACUACCAAGCAGAGAACCUGAAAUCCUAUGGUAUAAGGAAUGUAGGACAAAAACAUGGAGGCCAAGUAUUGUAUUCAAAAGAGAUACCCUGCUUAUAAGAGAAGUAAGAGAAGAUGACAUUGGAAAUUAUACCUGUGAAUUAAAAUAUGGAGGCUUCGUUGUGAGAAGAACUACUGAAUUAACUGUUACAGCCCCUCUGACUGAUAAGCCACCCAAGCUUUUGUAUCCUAUGGAAAGUAAACUGACGAUUCAGGAGACUCAGCUGGGCGACUCAGCUAAUCUGACCUGCAGAGCAUUCUUUGGGUACAGCGGAGAUGUCAGUCCUUUAAUUUAUUGGAUGAAAGGAGAGAAGUUUAUUGAAGAUCUGGAUGAAAAUCGAGUUUGGGAAAGUGACAUUAGAAUUCUCAAGGAGCAUCUUGGGGAACAAGAAGUUUCCAUCUCAUUAAUUGUGGACUCUGUAGAAGAAGGUGACUUGGGAAAUUACUCCUGUUAUGUUGAAAAUGGAAAUGGACGUCGGCAUGCCAGUGUUCUCCUUCACAAACGGGAGCUAAUGUACACAGUCGAACUUGCUGGAGGACUUGGUGCUAUCCUUUUGCUGCUUGUUUGUUUGGUGACCAUCUACAAGUGUUACAAGAUAGAAAUCAUGCUCUUUUAUAGGAAUCAUUUUGGGGCUGAGGAGCUGGAUGGAGACAAUAAAGAUUAUGAUGCAUACUUAUCAUACACCAAAGUGGAUCCUGAUCAGUGGAAUCAAGAGACUGGGGAAGAAGAACGCUUUGCUCUUGAAAUCCUACCUGAUAUGCUUGAAAAACAUUAUGGAUAUAAAUUGUUUAUACCAGAUAGAGAUUUAAUCCCAACUGGAACAUACAUUGAAGAUGUGGCAAGGUGUGUAGAUCAAAGCAAGCGGCUGAUUAUUGUCAUGACCCCAAAUUACGUAGUCAGAAGGGGCUGGAGCAUCUUUGAGCUGGAGACCAGACUUCGAAACAUGCUUGUGACUGGAGAAAUUAAAGUGAUACUAAUUGAAUGCAGUGAACUACGAGGAAUUAUGAACUACCAGGAGGUGGAGGCCCUCAAGCACACCAUCAAGCUCCUGACGGUUAUUAAAUGGCAUGGACCAAAAUGCAACAAGUUGAACUCUAAGUUCUGGAAACGUUUACAAUAUGAAAUGCCUUUUAAGAGGAUAGAACCCAUUACACACGAGCAGGCUUUAGAUGUUAGUGAGCAGGGGCCUUUCGGGGAGCUGCAGACUGUCUCGGCCAUUUCGAUGGCCGCGGCUACCUCCACAGCUCUAGCCACUGCCCAUCCAGAUCUCCGUUCCACCUUUCACAACACGUACCAUUCACAAAUGCGUCAGAAACACUACUACCGAAGCUAUGAGUACGACGUACCUCCUACCGGCACCCUGCCUCUUACCUCCAUAGGAAAUCAGCAUACCUAUUGUAACAUCCCUAUGACACUCAUCAACGGGCAGCGGCCACAGACAAAAUCGAGCAGGGAGCAGAAUCCAGAUGAGGCCCACACAAACAGUGCCAUCCUGCCGCUGUUGCCAAGGGAGACCAGUAUAUCCAGUGUGAUUUGGUGACAGAAAAGCAAGGGACACCCUGUCCCUAGGAGCUUGAGUGGAGUCUGCAGUCCAGUGCCUGGAACUAAAUCCUCGACUGCUGCUGUUAAAAAACAUGCAUUACAAUCUCUAGAACACGAGGAAA